CUCUUAACAUUCCUACACUAACCCAAUUCUUAUUUCUUAUACAUAUUCACACCUAAUCAUGGAUUGUAAUCUUUCCCAAUUAGCCUUUCUCAGUUCCCAUGCCUCUGAACUAUUUGAGUUUCAGUUUUUGCUCAUAGAAAGACAAGCCCAGAUCAUCAUAGAGCACCUAUUUGUCUUUUUGCUGUUGAAGAAAUCCAAGUUCAGGGUACAAGAAGACAUUUGGUUAAGGGAGUAGAGAAUUGGAAUUUUAUGUUGCAAUGGUUUAUAGUUGCUUUGGUCUGCUCAAUUGUUGCAAAGAAGACACGAAUUUGGAACCUUCCAGCCAAGCCCAAGGGAUUCCCACCAACAAUGUAAGGCUCUUUUCUUAUAAUUCAUUGAGGUCAGCGACGAGGAAUUUUCACCCUUCAAACAAAAUAGGUGGAGGAGGCUAUGGAGUUGUCUAUAAGGGAGUUUUAAGAGAUGACACACAAGUUGCGAUCAAGUGUCUUUCUUCAGACUCGAGACAAGGAGUAAAUGAAUUUUUGACAGAGAUCAACACGAUAUCAAGAAUACGACACCCCAACCUUGUUGAGCUUAUUGGCUGUUGCGUGGAGGACAAUCACCGAAUAUUGGUAUAUGAAUAUCUGGAAAACAACAGUCUUGCAAGUUCUUUGCUUGGUUUAAGAAGUCAUGUUUCACUAGAUUGGCCCCAGAGAGUAGUGAUUUGCUUGGGUACAGCUACUGGUCUUGCAUUUCUUCAUGACGAAGCUGAACCACAUAUUGUGCACAGAGACAUCAAGGCUAGCAAUAUACUUCUUGGUGCAAACUAUUGUCCUAAAAUUGGAGAUUUUGGGCUGGCAAAACUUUUUCCUGAUAAUGUCACUCAUCUUAGUACUAGAGUGGCAGGAACUGUUGGAUAUCUAGCCCCGGAAUAUGCACUUUUUGGACAGCUUACAAAGAAAGCAGAUGUGUACAGCUUUGGGGUUCUUUUGCUUGAAGUAAUUAGUGGCAGAAGUAGUAGUAAGGCAGCCUUUGGUGACCAAAUGCUGCUUUUGCUGGAAUGGACAUGGAAACUGAGAGAAGAAGAAAGGCUUUUAGAAAUUGUUGAUCCAGAAUUGACUGCAUAUCCAGAGGCUGAGGUUUUGCGCUUCAUCAAGGUUGCGCUCUUUUGUACUCAAGAAGCCUCGCAACAAAGGCCGGGAAUGAAGCAAGUAGUGGAAAUGCUUUCCAAAGAGGUAGAGCUAAAUGAGAAGCUACUAGUUGAACCAAGGCCAAGACGGUAUGCACCUCAACGUGUAGGUGGUGCCAAUUGGGACGGAGAAUCCUCUUCUCAGUCAGAUAAACAAAGGAAAUCAUCGGCAAAUCCUGAUGUAACUUCCACACCCUCGUAUAUAAAUGAACCUCAGACACAAAUGUUUCCCAGAUGAUUAUUCUUUGGCUGUCCUUAGUAACAUGUUGGAAGCUUGAUUGCAAAACUCUGCAGGUUC